AUGGUUUCAACAACAUCACAACGAGUAUUUGUACUAUUAUCAUGUACAUUCUUAGGAUUAACAUGUGGUACCUUAUAUUUAUAUUCAUCAUACAGUCCCCAACUUGCCCAACGACUUCAUUAUUCUGCAUCUGAUUCAUCAUUCAUCGCCCUAUUGGGUACAAUUGGGGUUGCAAUUGCUGGUCCAAUUGCAGGAUCAGUGGUUGAUAAAAGAGGUUAUACAGUCUCAUUAGCAAUUGGUGGGUUAUUAAUUGUGGGUGGAUAUUUUGGAAUGAAACGACAAUUUGAUAAUUCAUAUUCAGAUUUAUCCAUGUCUGGUUCAUUCAUAUUUGCAAUUGGAUUAGGAUCAACUUUUAUUAAUUCUUCAUGUCUUAAAUGUUGUGCUAUUACUUUCCCAAGUAUGAGAGGUGUGGCAACAUCAUUACCAUUGGCAUUAUAUGGAUUAAGUGCAUUAUUUUAUUCAGUUAUCGCUUCGGUAUUUUAUCCUGGUGAUACUUCUAAUUUCUUGGGAUUUGUGGGAUAUUCAAUUAUUAUUAUAUUAAUUAUUUGCGCCCCAAGUGUCAUCAUGGCCGAUUAUGAACAUAAACCAAAAAGAUCAAUCAAAUCAGAAUAUAAACCAACUGAUCCUUUAUCAUCAUCGUCAUCACAUCUGAAAUCAACAAAUUUAUUCUAUAAUCCAAAAUUCUGGUUAAUUUUCGCCAUAACAGGAACUUUAGCUUCUUUGGGACAAAUGUAUAUCUAUUCAGUCGGAUAUAUGGUCAAAGCAUUAGUCAGUUAUACAAUCAGAAAUGGAGUCGAUAUCACCCCAAUCUCAAUCGAAGAAACCGAAACUGUAAUUCAACACGAUCAACAAUUUCAAGUUGGUCUAUUAUCAAUUGCAAAUUGUGUAGGGCGGAUUCUUUCUGGUAUACUUGGAGAUUUCAUCACUCAAUCAUUUGGAUUACCUAGAACUUGGCUUUUGUUCUUCCCAUCAAUAGGUAUGACAAUUACGCAAUUAUUAAGUUUCCAUAUUAAGAAUUAUGCAAAAUUACCCGUGGAUUCAUUAUUGACUGGAUUAUUCUAUGGGUUUACAUUUUGUAUCAUGCCAACUAUAGUUGGUGAUAUGUUUGGCAUGGAUAAUUUUUCAUAUAAUUGGGGGAUUGUCGCUUUGGCCCCAAUUUUCCCAAGUUAUUAUUUCACCAGUUUGUUUGGGAAAAUAUACGAUUCAAAAUCAAUUUCAAGUGCCAGCAAUACAAAUGAUGCCGCCGCGGGGACAAGUGCCGCUGGUGGGUUAGUUUGUAUGUUGGGCAAUCAAUGUUAUAAUUCAAUUUUUAAGAUUACUUUCUCGGUGAGUAUAUUAUCAAUUAUCUUGGUGCUGAUUUUAACUAUUGGGCAAUCAUGUUGGUAUGGAAGGAAGACUGAAAAUAAAAGAAUAAAACCCCUUCGUCUUGCUUCGCCUUCUUCAGUAUUACCUAUGGCUUCACCUUUGAAGUUUCAAUUUAAUGAAAAGGAUAGCUAA